CAUUCUCUGAUUCAUUCCAUUUCUAUCUUAUUUCCAAACUAUCCCUAAAAUUUAUUUAUUUAUUUAUUUUUUAUUUGGUUUGGGGGUUCGCCUGUUUGGACGAGGCAGGUGAUGACUUUAGGUCAUGCCAAAUCUAAUCUUAGUUGGUAAAAUACUAUCACUAUCCUAACUACUAUUAAUUUAUGAUUAGUUAAUUUUUUUUUUCACCCUGUAUGUUUAGUUAAUGAUGGUUGAGUUGAAAUUAAGAUGCAAUUAUAUCAGUAGUGAUGUAAUAGUCCCAACAACAAAAUAGCUAUAACUGGAAAUAAAAUUCCUCUCAUUACUCAUACAUGUUCAGAUUACAAGAGGAGGAGCCCGCUUCAACAGAUAGACCCUAUUCCCACGCGACUUCAAAUUGAAGGGUCUUUUUCAGAGAGACAAAGAAAGAGAGAAAUAGGAGAGUGAAAGAGAGAGAGUGUGUGUGUGUUUCUGAUCAACAGCCUCUGCGUUUGUUCAUUGUAUAUCCUCUACGCUACGAACCACAAUAUUCUGGUGAACUUUUUUCCCUUUCAAACUCUCUCUGACAGUAUUUUAUUUAUAUAUAUUAAUUUGUCGAUUUGGCCUUCUUUUUUCUUGAUGGAUUGGCGAGUUUAGAUUCAAAUUCAUCUGGGUUGCUUUUGUUUCACAUUGGAUGAUUGUUCUUGAACUGGGUUUUGUUUUUCUAUUAUAUCUGACAAAUGUAGAGAGAGAAAAUGAAUUGUUGUAAUGAGUGUUCUUAAUGGGCAAUGAAUAGAUGGUUGAUUUCUGGUUCUAUUGACGUGAUUGUUAUAGGGUAACCUUUGAAUUUGGGUGAGUUCGAAUUUCGGCUUAAUUUGCAUGUCGUCUUCACCUUCUUCACUAUUCUGUGUCUUCAUUCAUAUCUCCUCUCUAAUCAGUGUAUGGCCUGUCGGGGUCUGUAUGUGUUUUAAUCUUAAUUAUCAAGAUUAAUUUGUUUCAUUCUGUAGUUGCGCAUACAAUUUUGUUUGGAUUGUGUCAUCUUUUGGGAAUAGAGAAGAGAGAUGCUUUACAAAACAGACUAGUGAUUCUUGGGAUUGGGGUGCAAUGGCUGAGAGAAAUGCACCCUCCAUUGGGCUUAUUUCUCAGAAAUCAUUGUUUUAUUUGUUUUCUAUCACAACCGUCUUGUUCAUAUUGUCUUGGUUCUUUGUGUUGCGUUCCACUGGCCAUAAUCACUUCAUUAACCAUAGUUUGAUACCCAAUUCCAAGGUCUUUGCCAGGAUUGAUAAGAGGAAUUCUAAACCCCAUAUUCAGAGUGAAGAUGAACCUUUAGUGUUGAAUAAUCCAAUGAAUGUUGGAAAAGAAGUACAAGCAUCCAAAGAUAAUGCUUUGGUGAAAGACAAUUCAAAUAAAGUAGCCCUUAAGGUUUUCAUGUAUGAUUUGCCCCCGGAGUUUCAUUUUGAGCUUUUAGAUUGGAAGGCAAAUGGAGGAAGUGUUUGGCCCGAUAUUCGAACCAAAAUCCCUCAAUAUCCUGGUGGAUUAAACUUACAACACAGCAUAGAAUAUUGGCUAACGUUGGAUCUUCUCUCGUCGGAAUAUGCUGACCCAGCCAGUGCUCAUACUGCAAUAAGAGUCCACAACUCAAGCGAAGCUGAUGUCAUAUUCGUUCCAUUCUUUUCCUCCUUAUCCUUGAAUCGCUUUUCCAGAUUGAAGCCGCACGAAAAGAAGAGCAAGAACACAUUGCUACAGGAAAAGUUGGUUAAAUUUUUGACAGCUCAAGAGGAAUGGAAGAGGUCAGGAGGAUGUGACCAUAUAAUUUUAGCCCAUCAUCCAAAUAGCAUGCUAGAUGCAAGGACGAAGCUUUGGCCUGCGAUGUUCAUACUCGCAGAUUUUGGAAGGUACCCCCCAAACAUAGCUAAUGUAGAGAAAGAUGUGAUUGCACCUUACAAGCAUGUAAUCAGAACCUUUGUCAACGACUUAUCUGAUUUUGAUAGCCGUCCAACUUUGCUGUACUUUCAAGGAGCCAUUUAUAGAAAAGAUGGUGGUUUUGCUAGGCAAGAGCUAUUCUAUCUUCUAAAAGAUGAAAAAGAAGUGCACUUCUCUUUUGGUACUGUCCAAAGAGAUGGGAUCAGAAAAGCUACAAGUGGUAUGCAUUCCUCCAAAUUCUGCCUCAAUAUAGCUGGUGACACUCCAUCAUCAAACCGUCUUUUUGAUGCCAUUGCUAGCCAUUGUGUCCCUGUUAUCAUCAGUGAUGACAUUGAGCUCCCGUAUGAAGAUGUCCUGGACUACUCUGAGUUCUGCAUAUUUGUACGUACAUCAGAUGCUCUCAAAGAAAAAUUUCUUAUAAACCUUAUCAGGAGCAUUGGAAAGGAUGAAUGGACUCGAAUGUGGGUGAGGCUGAAAGAGGUUGAAACUUUCUUUGAGUUUCAGUACCCUUCAAAGGAAGGUGAUGCUGUCCAAAUGAUAUGGCAGGCCGUGGCCCGUAAGGUUCCUGCUAUGAGAAUGAAGUUACACAAAUCUAGGCGACUCUCUCGUUCUCAUGCCCCUAAAGAAAAAGGGCUAAGAUCAGCUCCAUUGCCGCGUAAUUUUGGUGAGUGAGCCAAAAACAAAUACUCUUUGGCUAGGCAGUUUUGGAUAUGAGGUGAACAUUUGGAACGCAGCUUGAAGAAGAUAGUAAGUACAAUAUAUGCUUGCGACAGACUUUUUUGACUAAAUUGUAACACUUGUAAAUGACAGACAGAGGGGAAGAUGGGAGAAAAGGAGGUUUUUAAGGCACUGGACUGUCAAUUGGCUAGAAAUGUUGAUGUCUGUUAUUUGUUUUUUUCUUGAUUCAUUCAUUCAAUCAUUAAUCGAUGUGCUCUUUUUUA